CUGUUCCAGAAUGCUGUGUCCCAGAGGCAUGUUCCAGCAGUUGAGUCUAGUUGUGUUCCUGCUGUGCUCCCCAGUGCCACUCUACGGGAAACCCAUCGAUUCUCUCACUAACCGAAUGAGGAGGUCAGUGAGUCACGCCCAGUUGAUGCACGACAAGGGACGGUCUCUGGAGGAGUUCAAGAGACGGCUCUGGCUCCAAGGGCUACUAGAUAAAGUCCACACAGCCGACAGCGAGCGAGCCCCGCCUCCCCAGAGUAGGAACAAUGCCGACGGGGGCCACAUCACCUUCAGCGGGAGCGCCCUACGCCCCCCCAAACCCCCCGGAGGGACCAAGAACCUCCCUCUGAGUUUCCAGCUGGGAGGGGAGGUGGGCAACCUCCCCCAGGAGACCAACAAGUCUGUGGCCUACAAGGACCAGCCGCUGAAGGUGUCCACCAAGAGGAAAAAGAAGGUGAAGGGAGAGAGAGGGAGACGGAGGGAGAGCGAGAAGAGGAGGCGGCGGGCUCGCGACACAACCCUUGUCAUGACAUGGGAGACACAUAGGGAGUCACAGAGGACGCUAGACAGACCACAUCAUGUAGCCUUUGGGUGGCGCUGAACUAAUAACUCUGACAGGCAGAGAAGUUCCAGCAUGACUGAUUGAGAUCUCAACGACUCUCAAGCAAAUAACUGAAACAGUCUCCCCAUACCAUAGUGGACAUUGUUCUUUUGCCUUUCUUGUUUUAAUCAGCUGCUUUUUCUAUUUUCUAUUUUUGCCUUGAUAUAAAGUACUUUUAUAUAUCCAGAGAUCAGAGGUGUUUUCAUACUUUAUAACAACACAUAUUACUUUUGUAUUCGUAUUUAUUAGGUGAAUAAUAUGCAGAUCCUGAGAUAUAUCAAAUGACAAACUAUGCUUUACUCCUUCUCCUUUAUAAUUCGUGAGAAAACGAUGUACGACAGGUGCCUUCCAGGGGCUGAUCACACACUCAUCCAACCAGAUGCCCAUAUGUAAAGUAGAGCAUAGGCUACGCGGUAAAUGUUACGCAUAAAAUAUUUGUUAACUAUACAUACUUAAAUUCACAAAAUUAGGGAGGACUAUUCUUUUUAAUGCUUGGUGGCUCUUGUGAAUAUUUUUUUUAAAUCUGUAGUUAGCAUCCAUAACAAAUAUUUCUCCCAUAAUUUAUUUCAUUUGAACUGUGUAUUUAUUUUGUGAAUGUAUUACGGUGCUGCUGACUUUCGGUCAUUUUAUAAUAACAAUAUAAUGCACUUUAGAUAUAAUGAUGAUAUCCUUAUGUUUUCGUUAAGUUACACAAGUGUUCUCCUUUGUGGUUGAUUUUUUGUUUUUUGAAAACUGUUCCUGCCUUCCUGUUGAGAAAUGCUUCAUUUUGUAUUUGUAUUUAUUUUAGUUUUCUUCCAUUUAUAGUACUGCCCAUUAUCACCUCAUUGACUUGUAUGUUAUUGGAUUGUUCCAUCGAACUCCCUCUCUCCAGUUUUAGAAACUAUUUUUGAUCAAAGAAGACAGAGUUUAAAUUGUUGGUAUAAUCACAGACUUAUUUAAAGUUUAAGCACUUUGCACUGAGAGCACCAUCAUUUCAACAACAACAAAACAAAUCAAACAAUUAAAGCUUCAUGAAUACAUUGUGUUCUCUCUACAGACAAUGUAGUCCAAUCAAAUACUGUACCAUACCAUUUUCUUAUAUAAAUUCAAUUAUUGCGCCAAUGAGUUACAUAGAGUUACCGUAGCCUAUCACCAAUGAGAAAGUCAUCAAUAUAGCCUAUUUGUUGACUAUUCAGCAUGAACAAGGGACCUUAUAAGGUUGUUAAUGUCACACUAGAGAACCAUGUGGUGUGUUUUAACCCGUCUCUGACUGAAUGGACAUGUCCCAAAUGGCACCCUAUUCCCCAUAUAAGUGCACUACUUUUGACCAGCGCGAGCCCGUCAACAUUAGUGCACUCUGUAGGGAAUAGGGUGCCCUUUGGGUCGCACGGCUCUAUGGACCUGCUGGGAGGGGAGAGAGUAAAUGCACCAGGCAGCAGUGUUAGUACUGCAGCUACAUCCUGUCCUAAGAGCCGGUACUGAGGCCAUUAGCCAGAGCCAGAGUCAUAAACACAGUGGAAUGGUCUGAUAAAGACACCAUCAGAAGACUGGCGUUCCACACUACUGUGCUGAAGAAAUCAAUGUAACAAUGGAAAAGGCAUUAAUAACUCACUGAGAGAGAGAGGGGAGGGAGAGGGUGGGAGACAAUCAACAGGAAAACAAUACACGGGAAAGAAAAGUGGAACGUUUUCUUUUGCUAGUAGGGUCUGUAUGCAUGGGGGUUAAAUAUGCUGAACAUAACACAUACUGUAUGGAAACCCCCACAGAACACACAUCAA